CUAACAUGCUAAUGGUGGCUAAUGGCAGAGUUCAGAGUCAAGUUUAUGAACUGAUGAACUACAAUAAAGUUAGAUAAACUGGUUAGUUAGCAGCUGCUUGACUCAUUAACGUGAGUCAGAGACUCUCAGUCGGUUAUUUUGGUCCAGAUAAAAACUACAGACGGACUGACUCUAAGUAGCCGCAGAGUUAGCCUGGUGUUAGCCUGGUGCUAACAGGGUGGUGGAGUCUGCAGGAUGCUGAGAGAAUGAUUAAUUUAACUGAUUAUAUCGUCGUAGAUCAUUGUUGCAAACAGCUGGAGGCGGUGGAGAGGAUCGUGGAUAAGAGGAAGAACAAAAAGGGGAAGGUGGAGUACCUGGUCAGGUGGAGAGGUUACGGUUCAGAGGAGGACACCUGGGAGCCUGAGAGUCACCUGUCCACCUGUAUGAUCUAUGUCCACGAGUUUAACCGUCAGUACGCCCAGUGCCAGAGAGACACCACGUUACUACGUUCCACCCGAAGCUCGCCUGCCCUCCACCUCAGCUCCGCCCACAGACUGCCCUUCAGGCCGCCGCCCUCCCCCGCAGCUCGUGCUGACAUCAGCAGUGACAUCAGCAUAGGUUUAACUGGAGACUGUAACCAGGUAAAACCUCCGGUCGGCCCGGCUCACCCGCCCCCUGUCGGCCCUGCCCGCCCGGCCUCCAUUGGCUCUCAGCAGCCGGCUGACAGAUUCAGUGGUCUGAUGUCCACGGCUCCAGCUGGCUCGGCCCGCCGUAGCGUGGAUCUGUCCAAGACCGGCAUCAAGAUCCUGGUCCCCAAGAGUCCGAUGAACAGCCGUCUGGACUCAGAGGAGUCUCCCAGCGAGGCGGCUCACAGCUUGGAGGCCGGAGCUCAGGAGGCUCACCUGGUCCCACCUGAGGUUGCACUGCUGGAGAAACCCGCCGGAGUCCAGCUGGGGCCCGGAGAGGAGAGGGCCCGCAUGGGGACCAGACCCCGCAGCCAGAACCCCGUACCCCCGCCCCGAGCCCCCAUCACACCUGCCGCCAUGCGCUCCCUCAGUGGCACAGGUAACUCCGCGUUGAUGGAAGCUGUCGCUGCCAAUGGGAUGUCAGUUGUGCAGAGUGCUGUCACUGGAGCAACCAGUGUGACAGGGAAACGGCGUCUAGAGGAACGUUCUGCCUUCGACAAACGUCUAAGGUUCAGCGUUCGACAGACAGAGAGCGCCUACCGUUACCGAGACAUCGUGGUGAAGAAACAGGACGGGUUCACCCACAUCCUGCUGUCCACCAAGAGCUCCGAGAACAACACACUCAACCCUGAGGUGAUGAAGGAGAUUCAGAGUGCCAUGGCGACGGCGGCGUCAGAUGACAGUAAGCUGGUGUUACUCGGCGCUGUCGGCAGCAUCUUCUGCUUUGGCCUCGACUUCCUGUACUUCAUCAGACGCCUGACAGAUGACAGGAAGAAGGAGAGCAUUAAGAUGGCUGAAACCAUCAGGACCUUCGUCAACACCUUCAUCCAGUUCAGGAAGCCGAUUGUGGCGGCGGUGAAUGGGCCAGCGCUGGGCCUCGGCGCCGCCAUCCUGCCUCUGUGCGAUGUAGUGUGGGCCAAUGAGAAGGCCUGGUUCCAGACACCGUACACGUCCUACGGCCAGACGCCCGACGCCUGCUCGUCCUUCACCUUCCCUCGUAUCAUGGGCCUUGCCUCAGCUAACGAGCUGUUGCUGAGCGGCAGGAAGUUGACGGCUCAGGAGGCGUGCUGUAAGGGUUUGGUGUCUCAGGUUCUGUGGCCGGGAACCUUCACACAGGAAGUGAUGCUGAGGAUCAAAGAGCUGGUGACCGUCGACUCUCUGGUCCUGAGGGAGUCCAAAGCCCUGAUGAGGAACACCAGCCGCAGUGCUCUGGAGCAAGCUAACGAGCGCGAGUGUGAAGCCCUGAAGAGAGUCUGGGGUUCGUCACAGGGAACAGACUCCAUCCUGCAGUACCUGCAGAGGAGAACCGAUCUCUGCUAGGACCUGGAACUGGACCAGGACAGGGAUCUGGAGCUCAGAUGACUCUGAUCCUCUGGGUUGGAGCAGUGACUAAGAGUUCAACAGGAAACUCUGAACGUUUUCUUUUUGUUGUUAAACUUUAAAUUAUCAUCACUCCAGCUGUUCCAGGUGUUUGAUACGAAGAUCUGUUUCACCUGUGUCCCCACCACACGUCCAGGAUGUGUUUAGCCUAGCUUAGCACAAAGACUGGAAGCAGAGACUACUAGCUUACCUCAUUUAACCCACAGUGACUUUCAGACAAUGAGCAUGUGUGUUCAGGUGUUGAUCCCUCAGUUUGGUCUGACAGGUGUGUGUUACUUGUAAUACAAUCAAUUUGAUGUUUCAUGAUAUCAGCUAAAGGCUUUAACAGAGGAACAACAGAGGAUUCACAGUAGAACUCAGUGGAACAGCUCAGACAGCUGAUCAAUAUUUUACCUUAAACUCAACAAAUGAUUAUUAACGUAUUUUAAUGGGACUGUGAUAAACUGCUGCAGGAUGGACCGAGACACUCGGUGAUGUUAUCUGUGACUUUGUGCUAAGCUAGGCUAACGUGCUCUGUGUGCAGAGAGAGAUGAAACUCAAGCCUCAGACAGAGAACAGGAGUCAGAUGAAAUGUGGGACUGUUCCUUUAAAUGGAGAUGACCUCUGACCUUCUCCCAGAAUGAAUUUCUCCCUGUUGGAUUAAAGUGGAGCAGAAGCAGGAAAUGAACUAACGCAGACCUUUGACCUUUGUUUCCUCAGCUGCAGCUCUUGUUACAGACUUGUGUUUACUGCAGCGCCUCCAUCAGGACAAACUGCAGCUUUACACUCCUGUUCAGCCUGUCGGGAAUCAUGGGAGGUGACGCUGCGCUGUGGGUGGGGCCUGUCAGUCAUGUGAUUAUCUGUCCAGGUGAUUUCUUACAGGUCAGAUUAAACAGAUCUGUCACAUGUCAGUAAGUCCUCCAGGUUCACCUGAGAACUUCAAAGGUGCAGUUCAACAGUUAAAUGAAUCCUACAGCCAGCAGCUGAUUAACUUAGCAUAAAGGCUCAAAACAGGAGGAACAAUUAGCUUAGCUUAGCAUAAAUACAGGAAACAGUGGAGCAACAACCUGGCUCUAUUUCUCAGCUCCUCUGAAGAUCAAAGGUUAAAUCUGUGAUUUUGUAAUGGGUCAGUAUUUAACAGGUGGUUUUACAUUAACGCCCUUACCUGUUGAACACACCUGUCUGGAGUUUUAAUGUGAGAAUAUUCUACCUGCACCGUCCACCUCAGAAGAAGGAGGCUGUGAACAGACUGAUGUUUCUUAGAGCUCAGUGAGUCAGUUUUUAUGCUAAGCUAUGCUAACUGUCUGCAGUUUUUAUGCUAAGCUAAAGGUCUGCAGUUUUUAUGCUAAGCUAGGCUAACUGCAGUUUUUGUGCUAAGCUAGGCUGUUGAACUGCUCCUUCAACAGGAAUAAUCAGCCUCAGUCAGUGAUCCAGACUUUACUGGUCCAGACUUAACUGUAACUGUCAACGACAACAGGAAAUUCAUAAACAACUUUUCUAAAUCAUUUGACAGAAGUUUUUGUACAAAAACAAAAUAAACCAAUAAAAACCAGUUCCUGAA